UCGCCGACCACCAUGAGCGGCUUCCUCUGGCGCCUGGACCCGCGGCGGGUGCCGUGGGGCGCGGGAUGGCGGGCCGCCCGGGGCCGGGUGCUGCGCACCAAGCCCGUGGAGUCCAUGCUGGAGGGCGCCGGCGCCGGCGCCAAGCUGGCCCGGGUGCUCACCACCCUCGACCUCAUCUCCCUCGGCGUCGGCAGCUGCGUGGGCACCGGCAUGUACGUGGUGUCCGGCCUGGUGGCCAAGGAGAUGGCGGGCCCCGGCGUCAUUGUCUCCUUCAUCAUCGCCGCCGUGGCCUCCAUCCUCUCAGGCGUUUGCUAUGCUGAGUUCGGCGUGCGGGUGCCCAAAACCACCGGCUCUGCCUACACUUACAGCUACGUGACGGUGGGGGAGUUUGUGGCGUUCUUCAUCGGCUGGAACCUCAUCCUGGAGUACCUGAUCGGCACGGCCGCCGGGGCCAGCGCGCUGAGCAGCAUGUUCGACUCGCUCGCGAACCACACCAUCAGCCGCUGGAUGAUCAACAGCGUUGGGACCUUAAAUGGCCUAGGGAAAGGAGAGGAGUCAUACCCUGACCUCCUUGCUCUGGUUAUUGCUGUCAUUGUCACCAUCAUUGUGGCCAUGGGUGUGAAGAACUCGGUGGGGCUCAACAACGUGCUCAACGUCAUUAACCUGGCAGUCUGGAUCUUCAUCAUGAUUGCUGGACUCUUCUUUGUCAAAGGUGACAACUGGUCUGAAGGGCAGUUCCUGCCAUUUGGAUGGCCAGGGGUGCUGAAAGGGGCAGCAACAUGUUUCUACGCCUUCAUCGGCUUCGACAUCAUCGCUACCACAGGAGAGGAAGCCAAGAGUCCCAACACCUCCAUCCCCUACGCCAUCACGGCCUCGCUCGUCACCUGCUUGACCGCAUACGUGUCCGUGAGCAUCAUCCUCACUCUGAUGGUGCCAUACGAUGCCAUUGACACCGAAUCCCCUCUGAUGGAAAUGUUUGUGGCCCGCGGAUUCUACGCUGCUAAAUUCAUCGUUGCCAUCGGGUCUGUGGCAGGACUGACAGUGAGCUUGCUGGGUUCCCUUUUCCCAAUGCCUAGAGUCAUUUACGCCAUGGCUGGUGAUGGGCUGCUCUUCAGAUUUUUGUCCCACGUCAGUUCUUACACGGAAACUCCAGUAGUGGCUUGUAUUGUCUCAGGAUUUCUAGCAGCACUGCUCUCCUUGCUGGUCAGCCUGCGGGACCUCAUAGAAAUGAUGUCCAUCGGCACGCUCCUCGCCUACACGCUGGUCUCUGUCUGCGUCCUGCUCCUCCGAUACCAGCCGGAGAGCGACAUUGAUGGCUUUGUUAAAUUCCUCUCCGAGGAGCACACCAAGAAGAAGGAGGGCAUCCUAGCUGACUGUGAGAAGGAAGUUUGCUCUCCAGGGAGUGAAGGAGAAGAGUUUACGGGCCAACCGACCAACACGUGUGGGGCAAAAAAUCUGCCUUCUCUGGGGGACAAUGAGAUGCUAAUAGGGAAAUCCGAUAAAUCCACCUACAGUGUAAAUCACCCGAAUUAUGGCACGGUCGACAUGACCUCAGGAAUAGAGGCAGAUGAGUCUGAGAACAUCUACCUCAUCAAGCUCAAGAAGUUAAUCGGUCCACGAUACUACACGAUGCGGAUCCACCUUGGCCUGCCAGGGAAAAUGGACCGCCCGACCGUAGCCACCGGCCAUACGGUCACCACGUGCGUGCUCUUGCUCUUUGUCCUGAUGUUCAUCUUCUGCUCUUUCAUCAUUUUCGGCUCAGACUACAUCUACGAGCAGAGCUGGUGGGCUGUCCUCCUUGUGGUCCUGAUGAUCCUGCUCAUUGUUGUACUGGUGUUUGUGAUCUUACAGCAGCCAGAAAACCCCAAAAAGUUGCCGUAUAUGGCACCUUGUCUCCCUUUCGUCCCUGCGUUUGCUAUGCUGGUGAACAUCUAUCUCAUGCUGAAGCUCUCCACGGUCACAUGGAUCCGAUUUGCUGUCUGGUGUUUUGUGGGUUUGCUCAUUUACUUCGGCUACGGCAUGUGGAACAGCACCCUGGAGAUCAGUGCCCGGGAGGAGGCACUUCAUCAGAGCACGUACCAGCGCUACGAUGUGGACGUCGACCCCUUCUCUGUGGAUGACGGCCUCUCCUACCCCAAUGAGAGCGAGAACUACCAGGACUGGGGCCCUUCGGAGGACAAAGGCUUCUCUUACCAGCAAAUGGCAGGAGCAAAGGAAAGCCAUCGGACGAGUAGCAAAUCGAAAAGCAAAAGCAAACACAAACAGAAUUCGGAGGCCCUGAUCGCCAACGACGAGUUAGACUACUCGCCGGAGUAAUGGAGAUGGGAACCGGGCCACCGCGCUGCCCCUCACACCCUUCCCUUGGGUAACAACGGAAAGGCUUCUCCGGCUCCCCUUCUCGAUCCCAUCCUCCCUCACGUGUCAGGGCCCACAGCCACUCCCCUCCUCCCCAGUCUCCCGUCCUUCAGGACGAAGGUUCAUCCUGAACUCCGAGAUUGCUAUUUACCCUGAACAAAACAAACCCGAGGCCCGAGGCCACCAGUCAGAUCCUGCUUUGGUGAAUGUUACCGAGGGGGCCAGGGCUCAGCUUCACUGGCAGAUCCUCUAGUGUCUACUAAACCCUCAGUCUGGCAGCACCAAUAAAGCGAAUUCAAAGAGAUGUGCCAAACUGGAAGGGCAUGUGAUGAUAGGUGAAAGGAGUCACAUGAACAGCUGAACUAGUGAGGGGAUAAGAUGUGCUUUCCACAGGGAAUAUUCACCCUACGACCAUACUGGUGGGAAGCCACUGUUACAUAUUUGGCACUUUCUUGGAACUUGUAUUUUUUCCUUCAACCACCUAGAAAAAAUAGCUUAGGUAGAACAAUAGGUUGGUAGGUAGGUACCAAAUGGAGACAGUGAAAUAAUUUUCAAGGGAAUCUCAGGAGUAGAUUAGAACCGGAUCCAGAGAUCUUGGCGCCAUCAUGGAGCAUUUCCAUAGCCCAUUCCAGUACAAAGGCACUCCGUGCAAACAGCAAUGCUAUUGAGGUCUCCAUCCCCAAGACCUUGAAUCUGAAUGUCCCAAAAACUGGGACUAAAAACCAGUCUGUGUCUUGCUCCUCUUAGACAGCCUCAAUCAAAACUUGAAAUCCUAGCGUAGCUGAACAUCCCAAAUCUAAACUUCGGAGUCUGGGCCCAUUUCUAGCCAUAAUGAGGGUUGUGACCCGCUCUAGGCUUAACCCACUUUGUGGAAAUGAUCAAUAAACAUCAAACUCCAUUUCCCUUAGCACCAUGGUUUUGAGGCUGGACUCUGUUUCCUUCAUUCUGUAUCUUGUAAUGAAUGACAUUCAUAACUCACUAAUUCUGGUGGGCACAUCUCAGCUGUCAUCCUGGCUUCAGUUCUUCGGGAGAAGCAGCUGUGCUCCUCUGGAGGCUGCUCCCCAUCCAGUAACAAAGUGAGCUCAUGCAGGGCAGUCCCGUCUUUGCACUGCUAAGCUAUGCAUGGGGCAAUGGCAGAGGACCAGGCUGCUGACACCUCCCUCCCUGCUCCUAUCUCUGCUUCUUACUAUUUUCUCUGUUUCUGAUCAUGGCUUGGUGGAUGCAGUAUGAAAACUAUUGAAAUGCUGCUCGUUCUAUAAAAUUCUGUAUUUCAGUCUGAGACCAAACUGAGCUCAUGGGUCAUAGGGCAGGGGUUGUUAGGAGAUGGAAGUUUCUGAUAGUUCAAUCUUCUGGUACAACCGGACAACAGCCCCCUUCUGCUCCCCUCCCUCCGGCAGAGCUCAGGGUGUGCGCGGGUUCCCUGCGGGAUGACCAUCACAUCAGACCCAGUAACAGCACUUUGCCGUCUCUUCAAGAGAUUAAAGAGAAAUCAUUAGCUAAAUGCUGGCAAAUAUCCUGGGCGAUACAACAGGCCAAUUCUGGGUGGCUCUUCUCCAACUGGCGGCUUGGACACCCAAUUUCAGGGUCCCAGGUGCCUCGUUGGCUGCCCUGGACCACAUUGAUGUGUAGACCCCUAACCGACCGCUGCGCCUCAGGCAACAUCGUCACAGCGAUGGCCCCGACACGGCCUCCCCAGGCUGGGGGGAGGUUUCCCACUCCACCUCGGAGGCUCCCUCGAGCAGCUGGGGUGACGUUUGCCCUUGGCUACCCCAGCACGGACCCGCACAGCCCACCCCGCAGCCCACAGGACCGAGGGUUUGGGACCCAGGCCACGUGUCUCCUGCUGCCCCUUCCUGCCGGACCACGUCGGGACCCGCCGGCCGGCCGGGCCCCCACCAACCCAGCCCGUGGCACUUCGGCAGCAGAGCUGGAGAAACCCUCCCGCAGCAUCGAGCGGUUUGAAAUACUGCAGCGGAGAAACAUCUCUUUGAAUACAUAACAACCUGGAGCAAGGAAGCACCAUAUCAGACAGUGACACCCAACAUCGUCCCGGCUCCUGAGGGCUGCAGGGCAAACCUCCUCCCCCAGAGCUCACCAGGGUAAAUCCAGAAGAGCUCCCUGGUGCCACCGGUUUCUGUUGGAUUCACACCAGCGUGAUCAGGACAAGACUCAGGCCCAGGCCUCCCAGGCCCACAGCUGGGCUUAGCAAAAGCAAGACGAUGCUGUGGGCCCUUGUGCCGCUUGGCCACCUAGCCAGGAGACUGCUCAUGCGAUGCAAUUAAAUGGCGACUGAAGCAAGAUUUCUGCUGUGUGUAAGCAAUGCUGGGAACUGGGAACAGCUCAAUACUCUGGGUGAGCCACGGCUCGGGGCCUGUGAACGCAAAGCAGCACCUGCCCUGGCCCCUCGGGAAGCGGUGAGGGUGGACGGGAUCCUGCAGCCCGGCCGGAGCGCGGAGGAUGCCCUCCCAGUCCACCCUCUGCCCAGGGCGACGAUGGCAUGAGGGAGAGGCUGGCCACGAUCAAGGCGUCCCGCUCAAGCGAAGGGACGAUUGGCCUCCAUGGGGGUUUUGGGCCCAGGGCCAGGCUCUGCAGGGGCAGCCGUUGCGUGGGGCCUGCGCGGCACGGGGCCCGGGGCAGGCUAGGAUGUGCCUUUGCCAAGGGACCUCUACGCUCUGAUCUGACGUCCGCUCCUACCAGCCUCCCCGUUACACUUCUCCAAGCAGAAAUCAUGGGCACCUCCCACCAAAAAGCAGCGUUUCCAAUGCCUAUACCUCCCCGAUUAAUUAGCGUGUGAGCCCUUUCCACGGCCAAGCACCUCUAGCAAAAGUCGCCUCUCACUUGCGCUUCGCUGUUCUCCUGCUAGAUGCCUUAGAAAUACCCAGGAGAGAUGGCAGCUCGCAGGUCUGGCUUCACGCGUUCAGGGAGAAAGAUCGACGUUAUUUUCCCACCAGCUGUUGCACUGUGUCGUGUGCGAGGUAGUCAUCUCAGUCCUGCUUCUGCAAGGUAUCUGGGCAGCCGCCUGCCCACACGCGCGUGCCCAAGUACCCCGCUGAACCGCAGCCUGUUAGUCCUUCCGCAGCCUUAAUCUCUUGCUACACAGUAGUGACCAGCAUCUGUCGUCGUGUCAGCUCUAGCUACACCGUACCGUUUGGCGAGGGCCUGGUUCCUCGCUCUUCGGCGUCUGCAGGCGUCUUUGCACCGGAUCAACGCCUUGAGCAAGGCCCUUCGGCUGUUGCCAUCCCGCUCCGUCUCCCAGAGCACCCCAUGGGUCCGCCUGUCCCUCCAGCCGGGCCAGCGGGUCGUGGUGGGUCCUACCCCACUGCGGAAGCGGUGGUCCCACCACCAGACCCAGCCCGGGAGCUCCUCACCCUUGGAGGACGGUCAGAGCCAGGCUGAAACCUGGGUCUGGCCCGCUUCUGUUUUGGAGAUCCUACGCUUUCCUUGGAGUAAACUUUGGGCUUUUGGUGGGCUCGGGUGAAAGCAGCAAAGGCCAAAACGCUGGAAGCAUCGGACGCCUCCGUCCCAGGGCUGGUUCAGGUACGUGGGGGGCCGGGGAAGCCGGCAGCGGGUGCGAGUGCUGGCGUCACCGAGACCCAAAUAUCCAGCGUUUCACCCUAGGGCCCUGAAAGGAGGUGUUUGUGCACUUGAUGCACUAAGAAAACAUAGACAGACAAGUAUCACCUAUUUUUCACUAACCUCAGCCGGCGUCACGCACCUGACCCUGCUGUCUGUACAGAGCCUGGCCCCCAACCCCACCUCUCCAGCGGGCCCCCGUGCUGCAUGGAUGGAGCCUAAAUACCUCAAGUCUUUCUGAGCUGCUCAGGCUCUGAGUCCCACCACAGAUUUAUUCCACGCGGUUGCGACCGCUCAGCUGCGAGACCCAGCGCUCAGCCCCCUCCAGCAGCAGGGAAAUCGCCCUCUGGACGACACCGGCUGUCCCAGACUCCGCUUGUAAAUGACCUUUACUUCUCAGUUUGUUUGUUCUUUCUGACGUAUACCUUGCUUUUUUGCAGAUGGUAUUUUCUGGUGUAACAAUUCUCUGCAGUUCUGGUAUGAAAUUGGUGUAUUUGUUGAAAAAGUUCUUUAUUUUUUUUGUGGUUUCCAAAACCCCAUUGGUGCACUGUACAA